CUAUAUUUCUCCUUUAUCAAAUCUACCCAUUCGUUCUCAAACCUGACGGGCUAUCGUGCGUGAUAUCAUGGCUUUCGGAGUGUGAACGCAGGGUUUUAUUCCUUGUGCCGAUGUUUUCCCCGCGUUCUGAUGCGCUACGUGAGUCACACACUCGAGCGACCCGACUUGCGUGCUGCUCAAACCUCGCACGGGCUUCUGUGUUGCUGAUCCGGUGCUGCGAACGACAUAUGUGAGCGGGCGUUUGCGGAGCGGACGGCGCCUUGAACUUGGCUGACGAAGGGAGCCAGGAAAGUUCGCUCAUCGCCCGCGUCAUCCCCCUUUGCAGCUAAAAUGCCGCAAUCCCUCGACCACUAUCUCUCCUCGCUCCUGACCAAGUACCACUACCCAGAUCAGGCCAAGAAAGAUGUCUCGAAUGCGCUGCAGCACUACCGGAACCUGUCCCCGAUGUCUUCGCAGUUCGGGUGUCGGUCACGACCUCCGCCGCUGUUCUCCCUACGGGUCCUCCCGAAAACCAGAAGGGGAAGGAGACGAAGGCAAGAAGGAAAGCUGCGCGUUUUCAACGACGGCACCAAGAAGGAGCUCUUCUGCCUGGACGGCACCAUCCCUGUGUCAUACAAAGGCAACGUGUACAACAUCCCGGUGUGCGUGUGGCUGCUGGACACUCACCCGUACAACUCGCCCAUGUGCUACGUGAAGCCCACCGCCUACAUGCAGAUCAAGGUCUCCCGGCACGUCGACCAGACCGGGCGCGUCUUCCUGCCCUACCUCCAUGAGUGGAACCCCAACUCGUCAGACCUGCUGGGGCUGAUCCAGGUGAUGAUCAUUGUGUUUGGGGAGACACCGCCGGUCUUCUCCAAGCCCCAGGAGGACAGCGGCUCGGGCUUCUCGGCCGCGGGUGGCGCCCCCUACCCGACCAGGCCGGCCGCCGGGGGAUCCUCGUUCAUGCACAUGCUGGGAACUGCGGCCAACCCUCCCUACUCAUCUGCGGCAGGGCCCAUGCCACCUUACCCGACCAGUGCAUCAGGUCCCAUGGGGUGGUCACCCUACUCAACCCCCCUGCCGUCGACGACGAACACGCCCGCGGCCACGUCCGUGGCCCCCACGCCGGCCUACCCGCCGUAUCCCACGGGCAGCACGGCGUCUUACCCACUGUAUCCGACUCCCGGCUCGGGCUCCGGCUACCCCUACCCUCCUGCAAGCACGGCUUCCCCGGUGACGCAGCCAGCCACGGUGGGACUCCCCCCGAACACGGGCACCAUCACCCAGGAGCACAUCAGGGCCUCCCUGCUCACGGCCGUGGAGGACAAGGUCAAGGGGCGCCUCAAGGAGGUGCUCUCCGUCGCCCAGGCGGAGAUGGACGUGCUGAAGAAGACCCACGAUGAGCUGAACGCUGGCAAGACCAGGCUGGAGGACAUGAUCAACCGCAUGGACAGGGAGCAGGCGGAACUGGAGUCAAAUCUGCAGACGCUGCGUGAGCGCAACGAGGAGAUGAAGGAGCUCGUCCGCAAGAUGGAGAGCCAGGGGGCCGUCGACGUGGACGAGGCAGUGGUCACCACCGCUCCCCUCUACAAGCAGCUGGUGAAUGCCUUUGCGGAGGAGAAUGCGACAGAGGACGCCAUCUAUUACCUCGGGGAGGCACUGCGCAAGGGGGUCAUUGACCUAGACGUUUUUCUAAAGCACGUGCGAGAGCUGUCCAGGAAGCAGUUCAUGCUGCGUGCCCUGAUGCAGAAGUGUCGGGAAAAGGCGGCGCUGCCGUAGCGUGGACGCCGUGCCGUCGAGCCAAACCCGCACCAGUCCCGAUCUUUGGGAGCGCCCCGGCCACACUUCGAGGAACGCAACGCGUCUCCGAGCAAAGUUAACGAUGGGACGGGGUUGCGUCCUAGUCCGUGCGGGACACCUUCGAGACGUCGAUUUGUUAGCGUCAAAGUUGACGACCUGCGAUUAGGGCUUUCUCGCAAUCUCGGCAGAGCUCCCCCGUUGUAUCGCCGCCCCUAGACGUGGACGUUUUGGGAAACAACUUUCGUUCUGCUUGCUUUCUAAAGCCGAAGGGCUGCCCCAAAAUAGCGACCUACUUGGAGAGGUCUCGACGUUUCUCUGGCUUCAUUUGGGGGACUGAAUUGGAACAACUUUUUCGUUGAAUGUUGUUUACUGCAUUAUCUUUGUAAUGCGCGAGAAUGCACAAUUUAAGGGUGAAAAAUGGUUGGCUAGAGUAACCUGUUCUUGUUUCGUCUUUAUUUGCGAGGCUCUUAACUUGUGUCGAGAUGUCGCCGUUGGAUUCGACAUGGUUGGUGAGAAAUUGACGCCGCCUGCCCAAAAUUGUUGAGGUACUGCGACCAAUGUCCCUUCCUGUUUUCCGUGGCAAUAUCUAGAAAAACAAGGUGUUAACAAACGAGGAACUUGAUACUAAUUAAUCCUUUUGAAAUCGAUAAACAUACGGGGACUAUCUUUUUCCCCCAAGAUGAUUCUGUAACAGCAUCUGGGCCGAACCGUCAUUUCUGUGGGGCUUUGUUGUUUCUGGCUCGUACAAUUGAUAAUCGUGAAAUAUGCUGCCAUUCAAUAAACUGCGCACAAAUCGUC